UGAGCUUCUGGGGAUUAUGCCUUUUGAUGCCUCUGAAUGUAACCUAGAUUUUGUUUGUUAAUGAUGAUUUGAAAACAUUGAAACGAGUUGGGUGUGUUGGGUUCGAAACGUUUAAAAGAAAGAAAAUGCUGUUUUGCCUGAUUGUUCAGGUGGGUUUGUUUUGAAGGCUCUCAUAAGCUCUGAUCUUGCUGCACAAUGGAGUCGUGGAACUAUGGUUCUCAAGGGAAGGGAUUUUUGUCUGAUGAGAUGAAUUCAUCUACUAAUUCACUCCUGAAAAGUAAAUAUUCUUUGUUGGGUUGGGAAUUCAAGAUCCCAUGUAGUUUUGGGGACAACAUACUUCUUUCAGGUGGUGCUCAGCAUGUGGAGAACCAGAGCUUUGGGGAACUAGAAUUUCCCUUAAUGGUUGGGAAACAAUUACCUGAUGAUUCUUUCAGUGAUGUCCUGAAUACCAAAAUUGAUGGAGGGAGAAGCUUGAAUCUUGUUUUGCCCACCUCUCAUCCACUUCCUGGAGAAGAGGAGUCCACUUCAAAGCUUUCUGGUUCCAUUGUUGACUCUAACAAUCGAGAUUCAUCUCUUAUUGAUUUGAAGUUGGGCAGAUUUAUUGAUACAGGGGAUGCUCACACUUUCAAGUACUCCAAGAGAGCUGCAAUUUCAUCUUCCACUGAGUCAUCAACUUCUUAUAAGAAAAUGAGAUCUCAAGGGGUGAAUUUCCUGACUCCGUUUUGCCAAGUUUAUGGGUGUAACAAGGAUCUCAGCUCCUCUAAAGACUACCACAAGAGGCAUAAGGUUUGUGAGGUUCAUUCAAAGACUUCCAAAGUUAUUGUGAAUGGCAUAGAACAGAGGUUUUGUCAGCAAUGUAGCAGGUUUCAUUUGCUUUCUGAAUUUGAUGAUGGUAAACGCAGCUGUCGUAAACGGCUUGCAGGCCACAAUGAACGCAGAAGAAAGCCUCAAGUCAGUUUUCACUCAGGAAGGGCACAGAGGUUGCUUCAGCCAUAUAAUGGUAAUGGAGACGGAAGAUUUCAGGAGAAAGCAUUGGCUGCAACUUCAUUUAUCUGCAAAGAUAUACUGUCUAGUGGUGUUUAUUAUCCAGAGAAGCUUGGAAAAAAUGAUUGGUGUAAGCGUAUAAAAGUGGAGGGCAAGAAUGAUUACAAUUCUAUGUGUGCAACUUCAGUGGGGGACAGGCUUCUGAAUAUGAAAUCUCCCUUGCUUCCCUAUGAUGUUGAAGUACAGAUACCUUGUUUUCAAGGAAAUGGAAGUAAUGCAGCAGCUACAGAAAACAUGUCAUGCGACACAAGUUGCCAAUAUUCUCAUAACGUGGGAGGCCUCCAUAUGGACACACACCCAUUGUUCCACCACACUAACCUAUCAAGCGAAAACUUUGGAGUUUAUGAUGCAGCAUCAACCAUCCAAGGAGUUUCUGGAAAUCCGGAUUAUGGGUGUGCUCUCUCUCUUCUGUCAUCACAUUCACAAAAUGCAUCGACUCAUCCAUCCAUAGUUCACGUGCCUCGUGCUUUCACCAUGUCCGAGAGUAGAUCGAAUUACAGCAUGAGUGAACUCUCUGAAAAGCUCAUGGGAGUGAGCUCACAGGCUUCUUCAACUGGGAUUUCAAGCAAGUUUGCCUCCGGCAUGAGUGAAGCUCAAAUGUUUCCCAUAAUGACAGGUGAAAGCAGUGAUCGUAGUGUCACCUUUCAGAUCACUGAUGGGGUUCUUCAUAGAUCAGGUUUGGGUAAUGCCAAGGCUAAUGUUGCCUAUGAACACACUCCAACUAUGGACUUGCUACAACUUUCAUCACAGCUCCAUCGAGUGGAACAUCAAAGGCACUCCAUGCAGGACUCUGUGUAGGAGACUUCAUGAAGGCUGUGGAGGAGUAGAACCCAUCAAUCCUAUGUCAAUGGUACAUUUUGUUAGUCGAGGAGAGAACAAACUGUCGUAUAAUCUUCCUGUCUCGUACCUCUAACCUUGUUUUCUUUCCUAGUUCGAUUGUUUCUAUAAUACCAAUGCUUUCAUCUUGGGACUAACUACUCGAAUCCCAAAAAAAUCGUCGUAAAAUUAGUUCGUACAUGAGAUGCUACAUUUGUGCUAUUUAGAUGUCUCAUUGCAUG